AUGGCCAUAAGUACUUUCAAAGCUGGCCUCUCAGCCAAUCACGAUUUAAAGAAAUCUCCGACGGGUAAACUUGUUACCAAUGUACACCAGUUGAUGGACAGGAAAGAUAAGUACAGAAGAGUAGAUGAGGAUCAACUUCAGGGAAAAGGAAAGGUCAAGGUAAUCCCUCAGGAGAGGAGGGAUUUCAGGUCGGAUCAUUAUAACAGUAACCGACCCCGGAAGGACUUCGUCGGGCAGUCGGGUUCUGCGGACACCCAGGUGGUUAAUGCAGUGUUUCGAGAGCCGGUGCAGCAGGUUUUGGAGAAGAUAAAGAAUGAACCCUUUUUCAAAUGGCCGAACAAGAUGGCAGGAGAGCCUAGGAAACGCAACCCGAACUUAUAUUGCCACUAUCAUCAGGAUCAUAGGCACACGACGAAAAAUUGCAGGAAUUUAUGGGACCACUUGGAAUAG